GACCACGCUAAGCUGUCCUGGCUCAGCAACGUCAACCAAGCUUUCCUUCAGAACGGCAUGCGGUUGGAGAAUGAGCAGGAGCUGGUGAUCCCUGCAGACGGUCUCUACUUCAUUUACGCUCAGGUGGUGUUCAAGGGGAUGGGCUCUUCGGAGGAGGACAAGGGCGCCUCAAACUCGUGGAAUGGCUGCAGCGGCCGUGGCUCCUCCACCAAGAUUCUCUCGCUGUCGGUGGAGAGGUGGUCAGACGCCUAUCCCGUGUACGAGUCCAUCCUGAGCACCUCACGCUCCAUCUGCCUGCAGACGAAUCAGGGAGGGGUGUGGACCGUGCCCCUGUACCAGGGAGCAUUGUUCAAGUUAGCUCAGGGAGACAAGCUGAAAGUGAACGCCAACCUCCUCAAUCUGAUUAACGACAGUAAGACCUUUUUUGGGGCUUUUGCGGUUUAGGUGAAAUCUCUUGUUGUAUAUGCUGAGAGAGUUUGAUCAUGGUACGAA